UUUCAGAAUUUUGAGUGGUAGCUCCCACUUACAGCUGAAACGAUUUGAACCAUCACCUUCACCGAUCAACUCGGGGGGGGGGGGUCGAAAAUAUGGUAGAAGAUCAAUGUGGCGAAAUUUUCUUUUGUUUUCCAUUUUGUUCCAAAUUUGAAUUUUUAAAAAUUCGUUCAGAAUCUAAAAAUGAAUUUCAGCAUUUGAAAUUUUGGCUGAUGCUGUAUUUUGGAGUCCUCAGUCGAUUCAUCUUCGUCCGGUUCACAGAUUUUUGUACCGGUCUUCCCUGGUGAGAAAAAAUCUCACAUUGUUACGAGGUACGAACAUAACUUUUUGCAUGAAGUCAGCAAGAAUUGAUAAUCUUACUACGGUCAUCCCAAUUAAUCAAUUCGGUCAUUUAAUUGAAUCAUAUAUUAUUGGUCGUUAUAACCACAAAAAUUUGUGCAAUAUCAUAACAUCAUUCCAUAUUCCAUAAUACACAUCGUACAUAGUUUCUUCUCUUAGGUAGUUACACUGUUCUACAUUAACGUGCAAUUAGUGGUUUUUUGCGGCAAUAAUAUUUUGAAUAUGAUUAUGCGAACAGACGUCUUGCACAAAAAAGUGAAAUUCUGCGGCUUUGGUACUCGUUUUAUCAAAACUAUAUUUUUAUUCUUUUUUUCCUGGUACCUAGACCUACUCAACGUCCAAUUGUCCUAUAUGCAUAUAAUCACUGUUAAUACAUUAUUUAGUUUUCUUAUGUUUUUAAAAAAAAUGAAUUACUCAGUUAAAAAAGUAUAUUAUGUAAUAUCACAACAGUCUAAUUAUUAACUUGAUUAUUACGUUAACCGGUCAACGAAAUGGUAAAAGUUCAUCUAUUAAAAUUGAACAAUAUUUUCUUCGAGGAAAAAAAUUUCCAAACGACAACGAAACACACGUCGAUAGGUACCCACUCUACCUACAAACAAUAUUAGAAUCAUCUCGAUAAAAAACAUAAAAAGGAAGAAAUGCCGCCGCACAUUCGCAAUGACAUAACUAAUAAUGCUUUCACUUUACAGUUUGAUUCAGUACGUGACAUUUUCCUCGGUGUAAAAACUAACAAAGAUGUCGAGAAAAACAAAAGAGCAUGAUCAACAUUAACAACGAAGUAACUACAAUUCAAUUAGACAUCUGUAUUAUUUUUUUCUAGAGAGAUGCCCUCUAAAUCUAAUUUUUUCAAAACUAAAUUAAAAAUUAUAUCAUCGAGAGUUUUACUACCACUCUACUUGCCAAAGUUACCUAGGAUAUUGGCAUUAACCUGAGAGAGUUACCGUUUCAAACCGCACAUACAACAUAUGGAAUACUAAAGUGGUAAUAAAUGUGUAAAUGUAUCUGCCUGCCAACUCAAUGUGAACAUUCUGUCAAUUGUUCAGUGCUCUAGCUCACGUGCUGAUUAUUAUUAUGUCCAGCAGCGUGCUGCGGGUGAUUGUAAAAUUCAUCAUUUCCCCUUCUACGAUUCUUUUCCUUAUUAAAAUAAUAUCGACGAAUCUAAGUACCUAUACCUAUCCGCAGAGUAUCUAUAAAUCAUGAACGUAGCAUGUGUAAUCGGUGCGAUGAAAUUGGAUAAAUUUAUUAUUAUUUUUAUCGCUAACUUACGUUGUUUCGUUGUAACCGGAGCCAAAACCAAGGAGUUUGUGCAAUCGGAGCUCGAUCAACAGGGGAUGCAACAGUAUCAGUAUUUGAAUGAGAAAAAAAUUCAGUUUACUAAAACUACAGGCCAGUACAUCAAAUUUGGAGUAAACUUACAAGGUUUGUUGGACUUUGCAAUGUGUCUAUGGUACAAACCGAUCACCAUUUUGGAUCAAAAUAUACUCUUCUCUUAUGGAAAUCAAAAAGAGCAACUAAUUUUAUGGAAAAUAAAGAAAAAACAAAAUACACCGGUUGUAAUAUUUAAAAUUUUCAACACAUUGAUUUCGGAAGAAAAAGCACCCAAACUUUUGACCGGUCAAUGGCAUCACAUUUGCCAAUAUUGGCAAGGAUCCACAGGCUUAUGGGCGCUAUUUCUGAACACUUACAUCGUAUCUUUUGGUUACACUAAUAUUUCAAACACAAAUUGGUACAUACCUGCGAGCAACUCGACCGCCACAAUCAACCAUCCCAGAACUAAAGACACGCUUCACGGUGAAAUCCACGGUUUCUAUUUCACCUCUCUCAACUCCACAACCUCUCCGCCCAACGUAAACGCUUCACCAUCUUCAAAAAUCAUGAGCAAACGUCAAGCAGACACGAUUCCCGUAGACGCCGAACCUCGAGCUUUAUUUUUCGUCGGUAAACUGUUCACUUUCGUCAGACGUAUGGUAUCGUUCGUAGCUGUACCAGUAUUUCGUUUCAUGCGAGGUCUCAUUUCACCCUGGAGGAAAUCAUUAACAGCUUCGAGAUCGACGAUGACUGAAAAAACACCCCCUUUUACCAAACUACCACCUUCUUCGGCUACAGAAAUCAUUACAGAUUUACGCACUUUACCUGAGACAACUACUCCUAAAAAAGGGGUAGUACAAGUUGUUCACAUAUCGAAACUCUCCAAAGCUAACGAUACCCUUAAACUAGAAAAAACUUCUUAUAGUUCUGGUAAAGCACCGCAGCAGUAUCACGCUGAUUUGGCUAAUUUGGAAGAAUCGUUGACCAUUUAUGAGACAGAACCGGAUAAUGAGUCGAGGUACAUGAGGAACGUCGUACUGAAUCAUUCGGCGAAUCCGCAACCACCUCCAGUUCAUUCCAUGGAAUCGCUAAAUAUUCAGCCGCAGGAAAGCAACAAAUUCCAGACUUACUUCAACGAUGUGAUAGAUAAAUGCCUAAUGCUCGAAUUAACCUUUAAGAAACAACAACUACAAAAGGAACGAUUAAACGGACUCGAUAGCGCUGAAGUGACUGUCGAUGCGAUUACUCGUCUCGAUACGAGUCUGCAAUUUAUGCAGUUUCUGUACGCUUGUUGCUUCGUUCAAAAUGAUGCAAUUUUGAUAUCGUGGGAUCGUUCGAGAAGUUUGGUCAGUAAUGUCGUCGUUCAGAAUAUUUCCGGAUGUGGUAAUUUUUAGAGUUGGGUUGGCUUCUGAAAUAUCUAUUUAUUUAUUUUUUGGCUCAUUUGUCAUGUGUAAAAUUGGCAAAUUUUGUAAUGGAAGCCUUACACCUACCUGUUUGUGGUACUUUGGGAUGAUUAACCAAGGGUUUUUUAUACUCGAAUUCGAAAUAUAUUUACAUUUUUCAUGAU